AUGGCUUCCAAUAAUAAUAUAGAAAAUCAUCAAAUUUCAUAUCUUUUAAAUUUAUUUUAUAUAUAUAUAUAUGUCAAAGAACUUUAAAUAAAUUAAUAUUGUUAUGAAUAGCAUACUUAAUUAAUUACCUUUGAUUUUUUAAAGUAAAGAUUUUAUUAAGCCAAAGUAAUCAAAAGCCUGGAUAUUUUCGGAUAAUCAAUAACAUUAAAUAUUAACAAAUAGAAAACUUAUAAAACAGUUUUUGGUGGUAUAUCGUCGAUUUGCUUAAUCUUUAUUUUAAUUACUAUAUUUUAAUCCAACAUAGUAGACUUCUUCUAAAAAUCAGAUGUUAGCUUCGCUACAAAAACAGAAUUCGACCCAAAACCUGAUUAAAUUGUUAUGAAUAUUAAAAAUUAUAUGGUGGCCUUUUCAAUCGAAUAAGAGAAUUUUGUAAAUUAGCCUAUGUUUAAUAUAACGAUUGAACAAAGGUAAAAUAAAUUAAUAUUUAUAUAGACAUUACUAUAGAAAUCAACUAGGGAAUUUAGUAAAAUAGGUUGACUAUUUAUAAUUAGAACCAUGCACUCUAGAACAUUUUUAGUUUCUUAUAAAUUAAACUGAUUCUGAUUUUGAAUCACAAUUUAAUUAACUUGAAUUAAGUAAAUGGUUAUGCCCAUAGUAAUAAUUGUUCAAUAUUUUAGGAAAAAUUUUGAAUUUUAUAUGGAAGGAACAUAUACAAGCACAGAAUUUGAUUUUAUUAGAGUUAUUGUUAGUGAUUGUGAUGACACAAAAAGUGGAUACCUUAAUUGGAAACCUACUUGUGCUACUAAAUCUCAAAAAGAUUAACAUUUAAAUAAAGAAGGAUAAUUUAAAUUGUAAAUUUAUUAAGUUAACUCUGUUAUUAAUCCUAAUUCUCCCUCCUAGUACUAUUAAUCUUAUCUUGAUGGAGAAAUGUAUUUUACCUUUGUUCCACAAAAAUUAUCUAGACAAGCAAAUUUGUUUUAUAGGAAAUAUUAAUUUUAAAAUGACAAUUCAUUAUUACCAUUUUAGUAUGAAAAUUACAUAUGCUUAGAUCUAUAGAUGAGAAAGAAUUAAUCGUUCGAUAAAGUGUAGACUAUAGAGAUUUAACAGAACUUGGAAGAGAUACAGAUAAAAAUUAUGCUAUUGUUUAUCUUAGAAGAAGUCAAUUUUCAGAAUUUAUUUAUAGAAGAUAUGUAAAGAUAGAUGAGUUAUUGUCGUUCUUGGGAGGAUUCUUAUAAAUUAUGAUUACAAGUUUUGGAAUAAUUAUUAUGUAUUACAAUAAAUUAUCAUGUAAAAUCUUUGUUAUUAUAUUUAGUAUAAAUUGAAUUAUCAAAUAAAUUGUAUAACUUUCCUGGAUAAGUAUUAGGUAAAUCUAAAAUAAAAAACAAUAAAGUUUAAUAAACCUUAGAAGGUUCGAUGAUUAAUGAUUCGAAAAUUAUUGUUAACUCUGAAUAAGGAGCUUCCAAAGCCACUUUAAUAUUUGAUAAAGAGGAUUUUUCAUUUCAAAAAUCCAUUUUAAAAUUAUUUGAACAAUCUUAAAGUUUAAAAUUAUCUUUAAAAUCUUUAAUCUUUUAAGUUAUUUUUUAAUAAUGAAGAGACUCUACUUUUUUAAAAAGCUAUGUAUCAAUGAUAUAAUAAAAAUAGGGAUACCUUAGAUUAAAAUUUGGAUAUACAAGAGAUUUUAUAUUAAUUACAAGAAAUAUCUAAAUUAAAAUUAUUGAUGCUAACUAAGAAUCAAAUUAAAUUACUUAAUUUUACUCCAAAACCAAAUUUAACAUUAGAAGACGAAGAACAGCUACCGAAUCGAUUAUUAAUUGAAUAAAAAUUAUCUUAGUAAGAGAUAUAGAUUGUUAAUAAAGAAGAAAUAAUAAAUGAACUUUAUAAUGUAUUUUUCUAAUCUAUGUAAGGCUUGGCUAGAAAUAAAAUCAGAUAACAGUUAAAAUUUUUGUAAUUAAGAGCUAAAUAGGAGACUCAAUCAAGUAUUAGGCAAAGAAUUUCAAUAAAUAUUUUUGGAAUAUGAAAAAAUAUCUAAUAAUUAGAUUUAGAAUGCAUACGAGAAACCGAUUUAACCUUAAGUAUUAUUAUAAACUUUAAAUUGA